GUUAACACAAAUACCAAAACAUUUCACUGUUGAUUUGGUGGUCCUGGAGGAAGGAUGGCACAGCUGCAACUCCAAGCCUCAGUGGUGAAAAGUUAUUUCAUCGUGAAAAUAGCCAUCUAACAGCAGUGUUUAAAGGCUUCAAGCUGGUGGCCUGUUUUGACCAGGCCCUGCCCCUCAGGGAUCUGAAAAUGAAUCCCAGCGGCAGAUCUAGUGGGAAGACCUUCCUAUUUACAUCUGAAUCAGUGGGAGAAGGACAUUCUGAUAAAAUGUGUGAUCAAAUCAGUGAUGCUGUUCUCGAUGCAUACCUAGCCCAGGACCCUGACUCUAAAGUGGCCUGUGAGUGUGUGGCGAAGACGGGGAUGAUCUUGCUCUGUGGAGAAGUGACAUCUAAGGCCGUAGUGGAUCUUCAGACGGUGGUUCGAAACACAGUCAAGAAAAUUGGGUAUGACGACUCCUCCAAAGGUUUUGACUAUAAGACCUGCAACGUUCUGGUAGCUCUGGAGCCACAGUGUGAAGAGAUAUCCGACUGUGUGUUUGAAGGCAGGGAUCAAGAGGAUAUCGGUGCAGGGGACCAGGGUCUGAUGUUUGGUUAUGCCACAGAUGAGACCGAGGAGUGCAUGCCUUUAACCAUCCUUCUGGCUCACAAACUCAACUACAGGAUGAAGGAGCUGUCACGUAAUGGAGAGUGUCCUUGGAUACAACCAGACUCCAAGACACAGGUCACGGUGGAGUACAGAGACAACAUGGGAGCCAUGGAGCCGGUACGUGUUCACACUGUGGUCAUCUCGGUGCAGCACCGUCCUGACAUCAGCCUGGAGGAGAUCCGACACAAUCUGAUGGAGAAAGUGGUCAAGGUUGUCAUUCCUGCCAAGUACCUGGAUGACAGGACCAUCUACCAUCUCCUGCCCAGUGGGAAAUUCCUUUUUGGCGGUCCACGGGGUGACGCAGGACUCACAGGGCGCAAAAUAAUAGUGGACACCUACGGAGGAUGGGGAGGCCAUGGAGGAGGGGCUUUCUCUGGGAAAGACUACUCCAAAGUGGAUCGAUCUGGGGCUUAUGCAGCACGCUGGGUUGCAAAGUCUUUGGUUAAAGCCAAACUAUGCAGGAGAGUCCUAGUUCAGAUCUCCUAUGCCAUCGGUGUGAGCCACCCACUGUCCAUCUCAGUGUUUCACUAUGGCACGUCGACCAGGGAUGAAGAGGAGCUGCUCCAGAUAGUGCAGAAAAACUUUGACUUGAGACCUGGAGUCAUUGUGAAAGAACUCGGUCUGAAAAGGCCAAUUUACCAGGCCACCGCCUGCUACGGUCAUUUUGGCAGGGAGGGAUUUCCCUGGGAAAACCCGAAGAACCUGGUGUUUUGAAUUUGGGGUCAAAACCAUUUCAGCUGUCUCUUAAUCAUCACAUGCAACUGCCAAAUGACAAGUCCACUUUGAGCCACAAAAAUUGUUUUCUUUCACCUGUGUAAUUGAAGCAAUACAAGCCUUCUCUCAACCACAUCUAGUUGGUAACUUUACUGUGUAAAUACACUUGUGGAUUACUGAAUUACCGAAGAAUACAGUUUGAUUUGUUUUUCAUGAACAACAUGUUACAUUUUUUAAUCUGAAAAAGUAGAAGUGAAAUGUUUUAUGCCCUGCAAUAUGUUUUUUUUUUUUUUUUUUUUUUUUUUUAAUUUGAAGAGCAUUGGGGUAACACUGACAGAUUCUUUUCUCACUUUUAAAUCCAAUCAUGUAACGAUCAAUGUGCAUUAGCUAUGGGUAAUAAAUACUAUUUUGUGAGUAAAAAAAAAGAAAAGAAAAAAGCAACAUCAAAAGUGAGAUUCCUUUUGCAUUCCUUGGACACUUUUUUGAGCUGUGCCUGUAAAUAAACAUGCCAUAAUCA